ACAGUUGUCUCCCCUGUCCGUUUAUUCCCGAUCCAACUUCAUAUAAACAAACAUUGCUUCGUUUGUUUCAAUAGAAAAUAAUUCAUUUGAUUAAAUCAACAACAACAACCACAAAUAUAGAGAUGGAGGUGUGCGUGGAGAGUAUUGAAUCUGGCAUUAACGCCGAAUUGGGAGGUGCCAUCCGACUAGAACUGUGUUCAGACCUUGUUGAAGGGGGUACUACUCCAUCUGUAGGGAUGCUGGAAGUCAUGAAAGAGAAAACCAACAUCCCAAUAAUGGUGAUGCUUCGACCACGAGCCGGAGAUUUCUACUACAGCCAAGAUGAACUGGACGUCAUGAAGCGAGAUUUACUUGCCCUGCGCCAGGCUGGAGCGGAUGGCUUUGUUUUGGGUAUCUUAAACAGAGAUGGAACUGUGAAUAAAGAACAGUGUAAAGAAUUAAUUGCUAUGGCCUCACCUUUACCUGUAACAUUCCACCGGGCUAUAGAUAUGAGUAGUAACAUUAUGACUGCUCUCGAAGAUGUAAUCCAGCUUGGCUGUACCAGGGUGUUGACCAGUGGACAGGCAACUGAUGCCCUUCAGGGGGCAUCAGUUAUAAAACAGAUGAUUGACAAGGCUGCUGGGCAUCGGCUGUCAGUUAUGCCAGGUGGUGGAAUUAAUGUUAAUAAUCUACAGAAAAUUCUGGAAAUUUCUGGUGCACAAGAAUUCCAUGGAUCAGCACGUGAAACGCGGGAUUCUUUGAUGGCAUUUCAUACAGCAUCUGCAGUCAAGAUGGGUGGCACUUCUGAAUCAGAAUUCUGCAUUCGGGUAACAUCAGCAAGUCUUGUGAAACAGUUAGUUUCCAUAGCAACAGAGCACUGGGCCAAGGAAUAAUUGUAGAGCAGAAGAUUUGAUUUGGCUUUUCUCAAAUGCGAAAAACUUCAACCAAGAUCAAAAAGUUAACAGAAGAAAUGACAGAUGGUUAUGUGCAGGCCCUUCUGAAGCUCCAAGUGUUACGCAUACAAAAUUUCCUGCAACUGUCAUGGUUUUAGGGGUUGUCAGCAAUGAAGGAGAUGUUAUGCUUCCUUACUUCUUCCCAUAAGGCCUUAGAGUUAACAGAUGGUUAUGUGCAGACCCUUCUGAAGCUCCAAGUGUUAUACAUACAAAAUUUCCUGCAACUGACAUGGUUUUAGGGGUUGUUAGCAAUGAAGGAGAUGUUAUGCUUCCUUACUUCUUCCCACAAGGCCUUAGAGUUAAUUCUCCCACCUACAAUGAGAUCCUGGAAAUAAUUGUUAAGCCCUGGAUAGACAGUGUAUACAAUGGAAGGCCAUAUGUGUUUCAGUAAGAUUCUGCACUAU